AUGAUCGUGUCUCCCUCGGCGGAGCGCAACAAGCAGCCCAUCGCGGAGGUGCUCGCGCGCUACGAGCCGUUCGCGAGCGGCGCCGAGGCGCGCUGCCUCGAGAUCGCGAGCGGCUCCGGGCAGCACGUCGCGCACUUCGCCCGAACGUUCCCGCGCGUGUCGUUCCAGCCCACCGAGUACGCCGGCGGGUCGCCGGGCCCCGAGGCGCCGCCCUACGGCGACCUGGCCGCGGUCUUCGCGUCCAUCGAGGCGCACGCCCACGGCCUCGACAACGUCCUCGAACCGCUCGCCCUCGACGCGGCGGCGGACCCCUGGGCCGCGGCCGGCGCCUUCGACGCGGUCGUCUGCUGCAACGUGAUGCACAUCGCGCCCUGGGCCGUCGCCGAGGGCAUCCUGCGCGGCUCCGCCGCCGCGGGCGCGACGCUCUUCGCCUACGGGCCCUUCGCCGUCGGCGGCGCGCACGUCUCCGAGUCCAACGAGGCCUUCGACGCGCGGCUCCGGGCGCAGGACGAGGCCUGGGGCGUCCGCGACACGGCGGACGUCGCCGCGCGCGCCGAGGCCCACGGCUACGCCCUCGCCGACGUCGUGCCCAUGCCCGCGAACAACCGGCUUCUGGUCUUCACGCGAUAG